UUAACCGUCGCACACUAUCGUAUAAACACACAAGCGCACACUUCUUCUCGACCACACCACUCACGGACGACGACCGUGUAUAUAGUAUUAUAUUUUAUUGUAUAACACGCGGCUGCAGUGUUCGUCUGCUCGYAUAAGYGCGUAAUACUGUCGUACGYACUCCCAGAGGAAGUAAACAUUAUUAUUAUAUAAUAUUUUCGACCAAAAGAAGACAAAAAUAAUAUAAUAUAGUAACUGUUCCAAAGACAGACACACACAGCUAUACUGCAAAAUCGUCAUGAUCGCCACUGGUACAACGCGGGUCGCUUUGACCGUGGUCACAGUAUUCGCAUGGUUUGCGGCAGGUCAAAGGAUUACAACUAUACAGUUAGAUGGAACUCAGUACUACAUCAGCAGGAUGAAUCCAUAUUCAGGGGAAUUAAAUUACUUUUUGGCAUAUGAAUAUUGCAGAUCAAUUGGAUUGCAAUUGGCUUCAUUUGAAACGUUGGAAAAAACAAACUCUAUAUCGGAUUUCUUAAAAAAUGCUGGUUACAACAAAUUCGACUAUUGGACAUCUGGAAACCGCUUGGGCACCGAUAUGCUUAUCUGGAUGUCUACAGGUCUGCCGUUCAACACGACCUUUAGCCAAAUGAAACGUCCAAACCMGGACAACAACGGUCUGGACAACGAAGACUUAAAAAUGAACGCUAGGCCGGAACUGCCCAUUGCUAGGAAAAAGAGGGGCGAAAGUGGUUCCAGGGACGGAUGCGUCGCAAUCAAAGCGCCCAACAUGGACUGGGUAACGACUGACUGUACUGACCUGAAAGACUUCAUUUGCGAACAGACCAGAUGUUAUUAUUACAACUACGGGUCGAUUCCGGUGUCCUCCAGCCAGGGUUUCGGUUAUAAACAAAAAGCUACGGCAAUCCCUAUUCACUCAAACAUAUCUUUGGAGAAAAACACUCCAACAACUACUACUACCACCACUACUACCAUCAAUCCCACCACAACUACUACUAUCGCAUCAACCACUUCCACCAUCACUACUACUACCACUACUACACCAGCUUCGCCCACUGGUAUGCUCACGACCCCCGCUGUUGCGGCUGCAGAGGGUUACGCUGUCGCCGACAUCCACCGGAAGUCGGGGGAUGACGACGGCAGCGAUAACGACGCUCCUAGGGCGGCGGAAACGGAACCAGAACUGACGGUYGCCACGACACCCGGUUUGAUGGCCGACGAUUCACCGUCCACAAGCACGGCUGAACCGCUGCAAAGUGGAUAUCAAGAAUCGCAGACAGACGAACAACAGUCGACCAGCGAACCGCGAGCGGACGAACGGCCGUCAACCGACGAACGAGCGGACAGUCAGUAUUAUACCACCGAACUUCCGACGCUCAUCCAGAUGCACAACCAACAACAGGAGCACGACCAACAACUGCACAGGUCUCGUCAACGAGAUGAGGURCAACAGCGCGGCAAACAAGAAACAGUUCGUCGAGAUCAACAGCAGCAGCACAACGACGCGUACGCUUUCGAAUCGCUGGAAAAGGCUUUUGCAACUGCAGUGCCGCACAAGAUCCGAUCUACCAAGGACUUGGAACAGCCUAAGGACGCCGCGACAACUGCCGGGGAUCUACAGUUACCGUGGUCGUGGGCCAAAGACAUAAUGUUACAAAAACCCGUGUUGAAAAAGUCAUCGCAAGAAGUCGCUUAGUUCCACAACAAUCGACGUGUCUUACGUUUAAAAUGUCUUGUUAAUUUGAAGAAAAUAUAUAUAUUUUUUUUUAAACAAUAAUUACGUACGACAUAUUGAAAUUAAAAAUCAACCACAAAAAUAAACUUCGUACAAACGUUGCUCUCUUCCGCGUUUCCUCCUACACUUCAUUAUUAUCUGAGGUAAAUUGCACUAUACGAUAUUAUGUAAUUUAAUUUAGUCAUGUAUAAUUAUUAAAAUCUGUUCUCAGCGCUUAAUUCUGUAGAGUAAUGGUGGUAAAUUUAAUUUCAUGUGAUUACCUACCUAUACAUUUUUAUAAUUUUAUUUAGAAAAGUAAUGAAAAUAAUGAACAAAUCACAUCGGUAUAAUAUAAAAGAAAAUAAUAAGUAAAAAGACAGAUCWUUUUUUUUCUUAUUKUUUUUACUUAUUAUAUUMUUUUGCGUCUAUCGAUUAUUAUUUUAUUUUGUAUAUAUUAAGUUUUAUAGAUUCUCUUUUAGACUUACUAUAAAUGUACUUUAAUAUUUAAUGGUAAUCAUUUUGAAUAAAUCAAGUGAUUAAAAAUAAAAA